UGUUGUGUGUUCGUGUCUCUGUAUUCAUGCAGUAAAAUGGCAGAAGCCAUAUUUUCUCAGGAUGAGUUCUUGUGUUCAGUGUGUCUGGAUCUCUUGAAGGAUCCAGUGACAACUUCCUGUGGACACAAUUACUGUGAGAGCUGUAUUACCGACUGCUGGGAUCAGGAGGAUCAGAAAAGAGUCUACAGCUGCCCUCAGUGCAGACAGACCUUCAGUCCAAGACCUGCUUUAGCUAGAAACACCGUGCUGGCUGAAGUGGUGGAGAAACUGAAGAAGACCAAGCUUCCUGCUGACUGUUACGCUGGAGCUGGAGAUGUGCAGUGUGACGUCUGUACUGGAAGAAAAUACAAAGCCGUCAAGUCCUGUCUGGUGUGUCUGAACUCUUACUGUCAGAAUCACCUCGAACAACAUGAGAGUUUGUUUAAAGGAAAGAGACACAAUUUGACUGAUGCCACUGGACGACUGCAGGAGAUGAUCUGCCAGAAACAUGAGAAGCUCCUUGAGGCUUUCUGUCGCACUGAUCAGAAAUGUAUAUGUAUGAUGUGUACGAUUAUUGAACAUAAAAACCAUGACAUUGUAUCAGCAGCAGAACAGAGGACAGAGAAACAGCACCAGCAGAAGGAGACGCAGAAGACGCUCCUGCAGAGAAUCCAGCAGAGAGAGAAAGAUCUUCAGCAGCUGAGAGAGGCUGUGGAGUCUCAUGAGUCUGCACAGACAGCAGUGGAGGACAGUGAAAGGAUCUUUACUGAGCUCAUCCGCUCCAUUGAGAGAAGCCACUCUGAGCUGAUACGGCUGAUCAGAGAUCAGGAGAAGACUGCAGUGAGUCGAGCUGAAGAACGACUGGAGCGACUGAAGCAGGAGAUUGAUGAUCUGAAGAGGAGAGACGCUGCGCUGGAGCAGCUUUCAGAGACAGAGGACCAUAUUCAUUUCCUCAAGAGUUGGCCAUCUGGCUCUCUCUCUGGAUCUACAGAUGGCUUCGCUGUCAGUUCUCAGCCCUCUUUUGAUGAAGUAGUGAAAUCAGUCUCUCAGCUCAGAGACAAACUGCAGCAGUUCUGCGUAGAUGGCAUACAAAAUAUGUCAAAGUUAGUGAAAACCGUCCAUGUCAUCCAGACUCCCAAAUCUCAGACCAGAGAGGGGAACGACUUUCUACAAUAUUCCCAUCAGCUCACUCUUGAUCUGAACACAGUGAAUAAACUCCUCCGUCUGUCUAAGAGCAACAGAGUGAUUACUAACACUGGCAGAGAUCAGCCGUAUCCUGGUCAUCCAGACAGAUUUGAUGUGUGGCAGGUGUUGUGUAGAGAGAGUGUGUGUGGACGCUGUUACUGGGAGAUUGAGUGGAGUGGAGAUUAUGGUGUGUGUAUAUCAGUAUCAUAUAAGAGCAUCAGCAGGAAGGGACGGGGUAAUGAGUGUUUGUUUGGAUGUAAUGAUCAGUCCUGGAGUUUGAUCUGCUCUUCCUCCAGUUACUCAUUCUUACACAAUAACAUACGGACUGCUCUCUCUGUAGAGUCCAUCAGCAGGAGAAUAGGAGUGUUUGUGGAUCACAGUGCAGGAACUCUGUCCUUCUACAGCGUCUCUGACACAAUGAUCCUCAUCCACUCAGUCCCGACCACAUUCACUCGGACGCUCUAUCCUGGGUUUUAUGUAUUUAUUGGAUCAUCAGUGAAACUGUGUUGAUGAAUCAAAAUAGACUGACGAGAGAUUCUAUGCAUAAUGCUUUGAGCUGCAUGAUGAAUCAGUAACUGUG